AUGCCUCUCGUGCAGGAACUGACAGCGAAAGAGAGAUGUGAAAACUGGUUUCUGGCCUACGGACUCUUUUGGAUCAGCUGUUUUGCAGUGAUCAUAGCUUGCGGCAUCUACGAGAACAUGAAUAAGUGGCACUACCUCCUCGUCACUGGGGGCCUCGCCGCGCCUUUGUGCUUGCAGCCCUUCUUCCUCCCAUCUCUAACAGGUGAGAAAGACCUACCAUUGCUGGAGCGGCACUGCACAAAGGCAAACGUGUGGAUCGCAAUCUACUCCUUUCUGGGCACCUCAACAUCCUUUUUCUGUGUGCAAGUCUGUGUCAUGGCUUAUUGCACUGCCUUCCUCGAGACAUUUUCCAUCUCAGCGUUUCCUUAUUACACCUUCGAUGAUCGCCAGCAGAUGUACACAGUCGGUUCUGCUUUCUAUGCCCUCUACCUUGCCGUCUCCUUCCCGAUGUUCGCGAGACUGGACUGGAAGCCAGGCACAGGUUGUUGCUUGCUUGUCGCACUGUGGUGA